AAGCUGCAGGUGAGACUCGAGGCACAAGGCCAUGCACCUGUGCGUGCUCUGAGGAAGGAGCUGCCAGGCGCUCCUGAAACGAGGACAUCAGAGGAAGGCAGGGACAGGCCUGCGUCCCAUGGCGCACAGCCCGUGUCCCCUCAGGCAGUGCGGACCCCUCUGGACAUCGGGACAGAAUCCACCUGGGAAAUAGAAGUCGUGGCUCACAUCCGCCCGGCCGCAGACACAGGGGUGCUGUUCGCGCUCUGGGUCCCUGACCUCCGUGCUGUGCCUCUCUCUGUGGCCCUGGUAGACUAUCACUCCACAAAGAAGCUCAAGAAGCAGCUGGUGGUCCUGGCCGUGGAGCAUGUGGCCUUAGCCCUGAUGGAGAUCAAGGUCUGUGAUGGUCAAGAGCACAUGGUCACCGUCUCGCUGAGGGAGGGCGAGGCCACCCUGGAGGUGGACGGCACCAGGGGCCAGAGCGAGGUGAGCGCCGCGCAGCUGCAGGAGAGGCUGGCCGUGCUCGAGAAGCACCUGCAGAGCCCUGUGCUCACCUUUGCCGGCGGCCUGCCAGAUGUGCCGGUGACUUCAGCGCCAGUCACCGCAUUCUACCGCGGCUGCAUGACACUGGAGGUCAACCGGAGGCUGCUGGACCUGGACGAGGCGGCAUACAAGCACAGUGACAUCACCGCCCACUCCUGCCCGCCCGUGGAGCCCGCCGCAGCCUAGGCCCCCGUGGGACGCAGCAGGCUCCUCAGCCUCUGUCUGAAACAGCGGGGAGGAGCAUGGGGGCUCCUCACCACGUGGGGCCGCCUGAGAGCUGGGCUUUCCUCUGUGACCGUCCUGGCCUGUAACAUAUCUGUAAAUAGUGAGAUGGACGUGGGGCCUCUGACGCCGCGCACUCAACCGUGGGCCUGGGCACGGGGAGGCCGGCGCAGGGCAGAGCGGGUUCGAAGAAAAUAAUUCUCUAUUAUUUUUAUUACCAAGCGCUUCUUUCUGACUCUAAAAUAUGGAAAAUAAAAUAUUUACAGAAAGCUUUGUAA